GUGUGCGGCCACUUUUCUACAGACGAUUUUUUUGCUUUUGUAAUUACUCGUAGAGAUACUUGGAUGUUUUAAAUCUUUUGUCGAUAAUGUUUGUUGGAUUCAGUUUCGCUCCGUGCGUGUCACAUCCCACAUCAUGCAAAAGAUGAGGUCACUAAGAGGUGUCGUCUGUUAGUUGCGCGACACGAUGGGGGUGACGUCGCGGCAGCAGGCGCUGCUAGAGGACAUCGCGGCGCUGACGGCCCCUUCUGCCCGUGCGUCGUCUUCUUCCGUGGACGCGAAAACAGCAGUGCCUUCGUCGGCGACGAAAAAAGAGGAAGAGUUUUUCCGACUUUUCUACAAGCUGGAGAAGGAGUACGAAGAAGAAGUGGGUGCUUCCUAUCUGACCAAUUGGGCUUGGAUCUUUCACACACAGAAGCUCUGUCACAAUGUCUGUGACUCUUUGGCAGAUGCGGCUGAACGUCUGGCGCAAGUCGAACAUCUGCGUCGAGAAGUGGCCCAUAAAUGCGAAGUGUUGCACUUUCGGUGCGAGCACUUGCUAAAGGAGCAGAACGUUCUCGAAGAGUACACGAAGAUUAUGAUUAAAAUAGAAAUCAGUAAAAAUAGUAAUUACUGUAAGAUUGCCCGCAACCACUUAAGGUUUAGUACUUCCCAGCAGCGAGAAGGAAGGCCAUUGUACGCACGCAUGUCUACCACUUGCUGGGCUCUUGGGAGGGAUAAACCUUAACCUUUUACAGGGCCCUUGUCAUAUUACAGUCCUUGUCCCGUCGCCUGUCUUUGUUCAUAAAAAGCAUCGGCGAAAAGCUUGAUCGAUUCGACCGACUGAUGGACCUGAAGCGCAUUUUGGACCGUCCGGGUGGCACGAUUUUACGGUGAGCUUUUAGCCAUCUGUCUCGGCAUCUUGGUCCCCUUUUGCCCUGUAUUCGCAUGAAAUGCACGGGUAAAGGGGUCGAGGUGAGGGGACCGAGAUGCGUCAAAGCUGAGUCUAACGAUUGGUUCUAGUUUAGAUCAAGCGGAGUUUGAGCGGUGUCUUGACCUUCUGGACGAUGGGAUCGAGUUUUUAGACCGCCAUCCGGAAUACUACGACUCUCAGCAGUACUUCAAGCAGUAUGAUCAGAUGCGCCGCAGGGCAUGCCAAUCGCUGAAAAAUCAGGUCACGCGCAGUCUAAACCACACCAUGGACCAAGUGCUGGAUCAGAUGGAUCAAGCAGGAAAAGACGGGAGAACAGGGUAAAACUGUCAUAGACUUUUGAGACACUGUGUGCUUCUGUGCAAGUUUUGGUGGUCCUCAGCCUUUCAUGGGCACGGGCGUGAACCUAUGAUAACCAGACUCGACGACAAAUAAAAACGAAUCCUGGCAGGUAUGAAACAUCCGUUUUCUAUGUCCGUUUCCGCGCCGCUGCUACGCAGUUGAAGCCUUUGACUUAUCAGCUGCAUAAGCGGCGAGAUGCUGCCGAGAUCUAUGGGCAAACGCUUGACGAAGUGGAGAGUUUUUUCGUCGCUCUGCGGAUCCGAUUAGUAACGAAUCCCUUACAGCUGCAUAUGCACAACGUGAUGUCCAAGUUCCAAGAAGACCCGGCUGGAUGUAUUCGGCAAAUAUCGACCUAUGUGCUCAAGCUGUGCAUUUUAGAGAAACAAACUUUUCUUUCGUACUUCGAAGCGCGGCAGCCGCAGGAGACGUUAGACUCGCUAAUCAAGCACUUUGGCGCGCUCUUGUACGACUUGGUGAGGCCGCUGAUAUUGAGCUUCGACGAAAUCGAUAUCCUGCGUGAAAUUGCGGACGCGUUACAGCUUGACAUACUUCAUCCGCACCAAGUCGAUGUGGCAAGUGGAAAGUCAGGUACCAGAAGGGGGCUUUCCAAAAGUCUUGUUUUCUCGAGCAGUUAGCAGCAGGUUUAUUUUUCGAUGUAGGAAUGCUUCGUACCCUAAAGCGAAAAACUAUGCCCUCUCUUUCUAUCUCUCCGUAUAUCACAAAAACGAUCGGAAACUAAUGGAAUCAAAAUAAACUUUCAGAGCACGAGCUCGUGGCGUUACUAGGAAUCGUUUUGCGGCUUUAUCGCGAUGUCCAGGAACGGCUUAUUUUUCGGGUGCAAAUCUACAUUCGCGACGAGAUCAAAGGCUUUUUACUCGACGACCCCGCAAGGUUGGAGUAUCCGCGAGUUUUGUUUACCUCUAGUACGUCAUCUCGAGUCUCGGAGACUGGGUCGGAGGAGGAAAAAAACGCAAAGAAGCUGGAAGCAAUGGCGUACGCGCUGCAGCGUGGCUCAAGCUACGGAAACUUCGUGACGCUAGAGCGGACGUUGUUGGUUUUGUCCAAGAUCUUUCGCGUGCUGGAAAUCAACACGUUUCAAGGCCUCGCGCAGGAAGCGGUAGAUGCGUGUAUUUCGACACUCAAAGUCUAUGCUGCAAAAAUCCCACAGCGGACCGACAGCAGCCUCUUUUUGAUCAAGCAUUUGCUGAUUCUGCGUGAACAAGUCGUAAGUUUCGAGUGCGACUUGGUUUGCAAAGAAAAGUUUUUUGACUUUGCUGCCAUCUAUGGCAACGUGAAGGACGCCUUUGCUGAGGCCUCGCAAUCUUCUUCUCACGCAGCAAUUGCGCAGCAACAGCAAAUAGGUAGUGACCAAGCACCCGGAGCCAUCGGAGCAUUCUCCAGCUCUGGCGUGAUAACGUCUGCGGCCCAGGCGCGCCGCGAUGCAAACUCAUCGUCGGUUUUGAGGAUAUCAGGGAAGCUGUUCCGAAUACUGACCCCUAAACUGACGGAAACACGGAUAGACUCCAAGAAGAACAUGGAGACGGAGCUACGCAACGCUUGCGAGCUCUUGAUUCAAGAUCAAAUCCAGUUGAUUGCAGAGCCGCUUGUCGUUUUUAACGCCAAAGUCACGCAACACCUUGGCUCGGGAGAGAAGGAGCUGGUCCCAUCUUUUAUCCUAGAUCUCUCUCGCUGUCGCUUUUGAUUGAUUUGCCGGAAAAAAGGCCGUAUACUGAAAGGGGCGCGGCUGUGGCAAGUCAGGCAAGACUCGCCGCGCGGCGGGCCUUUCUGGCCUCUCUGCGGACUCGCGCGGCAUGUCGUCCAGGGCAGGCGCCUGCGCCGGUUUAGUUUUGUGGCCAGGGGUGCAACGGGGUCCGGCUCCGGGGUGGGUGGAAGACGCCCAGGCGAGGACGGAGGGAACGGAGAGCGAAGCCGGAAACGUGUGCCACGGUCGUGCACAGGGGCGGAGCCAUAGGGGCCGCAGCCAUGUCGUAUAGGCGGCGGCCAGACUCACCUCGGCAAGCCUCGCAAAUACCCCCGGCGGAAUACCCGCGCGCGCCGCAGGCAGGUGACCUAGGGGCGCAAAGCCGGCAAGCCUUGAACCGGGUAAACCAUACAAGGAAGCGCGAAAACAUGGAAAAGAGUAAGUACAAGCGCCGCGGGCCCUUAUCUUGGAACGCACAGCCGGAAAGCAUGCCAGGACUACGGUGGCAGGGAUCGGGCAACGAAAAGGGGAAGGCGGAGGAAAGGGGGAAGGCUGGCGUUUUUCAGCCAGCUAACGACGCCCGCCUUUUAAUCAUAGGUGUACACCACUGAGAAGGGGCGGCGCGGGUUUCUCUCUGUAGUGCUUGGGUAGCGCUCUCCAAUUUUUUCCGAGGGCGCAUGUUGCGGCAAACGACGCCAGGCACGCUGAGGGCGUUGAGCUGCAUGGCGAAGGGCGCGGGGGCUUGUUGCCAUUGCAUUACUUCGGACAGCGCGGGCGCCUACGCAAGGGCGGCUCUUGGUGGCAGGCUUGGCGCCUCAAAUGGGCGCGGUGUCGAUUGUGCGGCUACUUGCCUGGCGCCGGGACACUGCCGAGCUCAUGGCGCUCAGUGGGCGGAGGGGACGGGUUGGCGCGUGAUUGGUUUCAGUAUGUGAAAGAUGUGGACCCGCAAGAGGGGAAACACCAGGACUAGCGCACGCUGUUCGCUGCCUUUUAAGAUCAUCGCAGACAGUGAAAGUAGCUGACUUAUCGGCCACUAGAUAAUGUCGCGGGGUGAGCGACAUCCAUCGGCGUCAGUUUUGUGCAAUUGCGGGGUGCUAGCUAGCAAGUUGGAGGUCGUUGGCAAGCGUGGGCGCCGAAGCUGAUCCGGCCAGGCAAUUCUGUCUCCGCUAUGAUUGAGGACCUGCAACGACGUCUGCCACCCAGAGCACCUGAAGGCCUUCGCCAUUGUGCGCAGCUGUAGAGUUGCUUGCAGGAGUCGCAGGCGAAGCCAAUGAGCUCGGUGCUGUGGGGCCGCGGCGUCCACGACGGCACGGCGGUGGCGCUUGCGAGCGAGUCGGCUUGGAUGGCUUUUUCGUUUCAUGGCUGACCGUAGGCGCCACGGCCACCCAGCUGGGGUUAGGGCAUUGCGCCGCCCCUUGGUGGAGGGCUUGCGCCCCCUUCUUUGUAAGUCACACUCACACACUGCCUCGGCUGUGGGUGGGUCUCUUGGCGUGGCAGCAGGCUGGCGCGAAAGGAUGAAGCAGUGCCGCCUUCUGGCUUGUUUGUGUUUUCGGUGGGACAGUCAUAGUCUGACGCAAGAGGAUGAGGUGGACCCGCGUGGGAAGCAAGUGCGCUGAAACUCGGGAGAGGGGAAGAAAUAUAGGAAAGUUAGUCAGCCGCGAGCAUCAGGGGGCGCUGUUCGUCUUCAUUGUGUUUUCUGUCUGGUUGUUUGUCGUUUUUUUUUCUGACUCUUCUUCCCCAAAACAAGUUGAAAGCUCGCUUAGUUAGAUUCAUUCUAGGACGAUGUUAUGAUAUUCGCGCAAAAUUCACAGGCUGCAACACAGUUGGACUUCUUACAGCCGGAUGCACUUGCGAAGUUGAACAAAGACUUUUUAGAUUCGGUCUCAAAGCGCGUCCCGCUAUUGUGUGCUCGCAUGCGCAUCUAUCUGACGAAUCGGUUCGAAAGUGACCCGCCUGCUCUGAAUCCAGACGGCACGCGGACCCCUGCCGCUUUAUGAGAAAUGAAAUUUCAAGGAGUUUUUAGAAGGAGUCUUGAAAAGAGAAUUUCUCUCUUUGAAACGGACUACCGAGACUAGCUGGAUAGAUUGAUAGAGCAAACGAACCUGUGGAAAGAAGGAGAAGCCCCAUCUUCAAUUGGACUGCUACUUCCGUUGAUUCUGAUCCUCACCUCCCUUUCAUUCUUUGCCGAAGCCUCAAGACCCGCGUUGUCCUGUUCCUCUGCAGUGCUCUUUCGACCGAUUCAUAUUUCUCUAGUGGAGUCCGUAUCGCAAUUAUGGUCGCUUUUCCGCGAGUUCGAUGUGAAAUUUGGCGUUGGCAGCAAUGCGUUCGUAACGCAGGAAGCUUUAGAUCUCGACCUCGCGGACACUAUGGCCCGCGUGGAAGCAAUGGACUAUAAAGAGCUCUUACAGGAGUUCUUCGCCGAUGAAAUUAAAUAACAAGCAAGAUUUAUUCCCUUUUUUACAACUCUCUUCGUUCCCUCUCUGAAAAUAUUUUUUCUAACACUGACUCUGAUUCAACAUGUACUAUGACGAGAUCUUCGUCGUAGGUCUGACAGAAGAGCACGGUGAUCAUUCGAAUCCUAUAACUAUGUUAUUUCCUAGACAAGCUACAACCUGACGAAAAGGUCCGGCAACCCUGUGGUCGUUGUGCGGUAUGGUUACUAUGCUAGUUUGUGUGCAGGAGUAAUCAAGAUUCAUUUUUCGAGCAAAAGCGCAGGUUGCCUGAAAUUUCCUCACAAUGCUGA